ACACAUUCAUUACAGCAUCAGUUGGAAGAACAAGAAUUUCUAGUUUUAACAUGAAGUCGUCAAAGUUAGGUUUCUCUGGACUUUUCUUGGGUCUUUUGGGCGCCAUGUUCAUUGGUAAUUCAAUGGCGGCCCCAGCAAGCGGGAGACAAGCGCGUAUUGAUUGGAUGAAAGGUUGGAUAUUUGGCCAGUCCCGAAGUCUCCAGAAUAUGACGGUGACAUUGCAGGAAGAAUUUGCGUCGGUCCGUACGGGUAGCAAAGACAACGAUGAGUAUUACCUCAGAAUUCCAUGCUUACCACGACCUUCAUUUGAUCAGGAUGGUGUUUCCGAAACAGCUCUCUUGGAAACAGAUGUAAAACAGUUGUAUAUCUUCAAAACUUUUCUUUCCAUUAUGAAAAAUCAAGAAGCCCAGAUCCAAAACAGUCCUUUUAAGGGAAGACUGCAAGAUGUAGAGAACGGAGUCAACCUCCUCAUCUCACAAAUGAAUGAACUGCAACGGCAACUUGGGAGUAAAGCGACUGGCCCAGGAAGCUCUCCCCAGCCCACCUGCGCGCCACCUUCAACACAGAAGGAACAGGACAAAUGGAAACUCGCAAUAAUCAAGGAAUUCAGCUUAUGGCUAAUCCCAAUUUUGGGUGAAUUUCAUCAGGCAAACACCUUCGCUUGAUUCAUCUGAUCCAAGAGUUAGCUUGUUCGUACAUUGUAUCAAUGAACCAUAUAAUGUAGAGCUCAGUGCUCGUUGCUUUAGAUCCAUCUCGUGUUUGUAUUAAAUAGGAUGACCUUGUCAUCAUUGGGCUAUAUCUAGUUGCACCUUGCUAGGAAGCCUUUUUAUCUUCCAUUUAUUAUUAAAUAUUGGUACAGUAAAAAACCAUCACUUUUGU